AUGAAGCCAUAUGGAGUCGUUAUUGUCCUGUCGUCGCUCAUAUUCUUUAAAUCAUCCAAAGCACAAUGCGGAGUUGGUCGGUCGGUGACAUACGUCCGUUGGUCAGGAGUGGCUCCGGAGACUGCGAAACCUGUGUUUGUGUACUCCGCGAGCGGCGAGGAACAGUCUCUGGCAGGAGCCUGCCUAGCCAGAUGUCGGGAGUUGGAGGAGUGCGCGGCAGUCGUCGUCGCAUACGGCAGAGGAAACUGCCAGGGCAUAGCAGAUCACACCUCAGCAAAAUUGAAAGUAGACAACGAUGUCGCCUUCUUCAAGAAAGUCUGUCUGACACUGCCAGAUGAGUGUAGUACGCGGUGGUGGAUGCUGGAGAACACUCCUGGCUACCACCUGCACUCCGAAGUGUCUCACCUCAAGGUCAUUCUCAACACAACCAUCUACGAGUGCUACGAUGCUGUGUUCACUUACAACGGUGAUAAGAAGUUCAAGUCUGCGCAGUGGGUAGUACCUCAGAGUGAGUUCGACCCCGACGUUAUCUACACGUCGGAUUCCCUGGUUGGGAACUGUAUUCUCAAUGCGGAGAACAGAUUCACAGAACCGGAGUCCUAUCGUGUUUCUAAUUACUACACGGUGUACAUUGAAAACCAGUGUAGACAUGACUAUCCACAGAAGAUAGAAAGAUGUUCUUAUGAAGAAUACUACAACCAAACACUGAGACACGUCGAAUUUACUAUGAAGAACUCCACGAGAGACGAAUGCAAAUCAUCCUGUGAGCAAUCACAGCUGUUCAUUUGCCGUGGGUUUACGUGGAUUUCGAGGGGGAAGGUCAACGGUGGUGGGGAACGGGGUCUAUGCGAUCUGCACAGUGAAGACCUCAUUACCACCGGCUCCUGGCUGCUGAGGCGAAUUUCUUUCGCUACUUAUUACCGCAGAGUGGUCUGCUUAAACAUUUCCGUAGAAUGUGAAAGUACGCACAUGGUAGUAACAUACCGGCCGCACGGGGUGUUCCGAGGACGACUGUAUGUUCCUGGAAGAGGAGAGAAGUGCAGUGCCCGAGCUGUAGGUCACACUGUGCGACUUAACCUGCCCAUGCAAGGAGACUGUGACGUUAACUUCGCUUACGGCAUCUCAAACGGCCCUAAUGGAAUCAUUAACAGGACGAUGGCGUACGUGAUCGUAAUGAUUCAGAACAACCCCAUCAUACAGACGGCGGGUGACCGCUGGGUGCGAGUAGGUUGCUCACCAGACUCAAAGAAAGUAAAGCAGGUUGGCACCACCGUGUCUGUUAGAGAACUCGGUGGUUAUAGGAGUCCGGUUACACCGACUGAGCCGGAGUCCCCAGCGCACCAGACGCCGGCAGCAGCGAGUGCAAUAUACGGCGGCAGCAGCACGCCGGUGUCGAUGUAUGUGGUGCGGGCGCUCGAUGAGACCGGUGCGGGUGCAGUGUCCCUGGGAGAGCCUCUAGAACUGAGGAUCGAGACCACAGACAAUUUGGAAAUCAAACCGUAUCAUCUAGUGGCUUCUUCGAGACUUGGAGACAGUUCUGUACUGCUGCUUGAUAGUAGGGGCUGCCCUACUGGCCAGGUGGACUUCCCUGCGUUCUCCCGGAGCUGGGUGGGCGACAUACAGCGUCUAUCGGCGCGGUUUAAAGCUUUCCGCUUCCCUACAUCACACAUUGUAAAAUUUGCCAUUAUGGUCCGUUUCUGUGAUCACAAGUGUCCAGAGGUGAAAUGCAAUUCCGGCAAACCAAGUCGGAACAUUCGACAGACAAACGACACAUUAUACCAGUGGGGUGACGAGGUGCCUGCUGAGGUGCAGCCUGAAGAUCUGGAGGGGGGCGAGGAUGGUGCGGGGGGGAGACAGACCCCGGCGGGGGGGAGGCCGGGGGGAGGGAGGCCGGGCCGCGUGGUGGCGCGCGGCGCGGCGGCGGGCUGCGCGCCGUCGGGCGGGGACUCGCUGGCCAUGACGCUGGAGCUGCUCGUAGACUCCAAGGACAUCCUGUCUGCCGACACAUUGGUCCGAGCCGACCAUCGGGCGACAUUGCCGGAAGACGGCAGGCUGAGCGAUGAUGGUGCAAUGGUGUGCGUCCACGAAUUGCUUCUGGUGACACUCGCGCUAGCGUGGCUCGCAGUACAGAUUAUACUUCUACUUGGCUGCUGUGUACUCGUCAAGAGGUAUCGCAAUUUGGCCGAAACGAAUAUGCAGAAAGACUACCAGUCGUUCGAUAACGUGGGCUUCGAGACGGGCUCCACUACCAGACGCGUGCACUGGCCGGACCAACACAUUGACAUACUGCACUCCACUUAG